AUGGAGGAGAGAGGGGGCCCCAAACCCCUCUGCAGAGUAUCUAGUCAGAUUAAAGCCACUGGCAGGUCCCCUCUGGACACAGGCAAGGGUCUUGAACAGGUUUACUAUCAGGGGAAAACUACGAUUAUCCUAAGGUGUCUUGACAGGGAUGAGCCGCCCAAAGCAACCUUGGCUCUGGAGUACACGUAUGGGAGACGAGCCAAAGGGCAUAACACACCAAAACAUAUUGCUCACUUUUGGGAACUGGGUGGAGGAACAUCUUUACUGGACUUAAUCACCAUACCAAUUACGAGUGACACCUUAAGGACAUUUUCCAUUGUCCUUGUUUUGGAUCUUUCAAAGCCUAAUGACCUUUGGCCCACCAUGGAAAAUCUAUUGCAAGUCACAAAAAGCCACAUCGACAAAGUGAUCAUGAAACUGGGAAAGACACACUCCAAAGCAGCUUCUGACAUGAGACAGAAGAUGUGGAGCAACCUGCCGAAGGACCAUCCGGAUCGUGAAUUGAUUGACCCAUUUCCAAUACCCCUGGUUAUAAUUGGCAGUAAAUACGAUAUUUUUCAGGACUUUGACUCUGAGAAGAGGAAGAUCGUAUGCAAGACCCUUCGCUUUGUUGCGCAUUCCUAUGGAGCGUCGUUAAUGUUCACCAGUAAAUCAGAGGCUUUAUUACUGAAAAUACGCGGCGUCAUCAACCAGCUGGCAUUUGGCAUUGACAAAAGCAAAUCAAUAUGUGUGGAUCAGAAUAAGCCACUGUUUAUCCCAGCAGGAUUGGAUUCUUUAAGUCAAAUAGGAGCUCCACCUGUUCCUGACAAUGAUAUUGGAAAACUUCAUGCCAGUUCACCAAUGGACCUAUGGAAAAAAGUGUAUGAAAACUUCUUUCCGCCAAAGAAUGUCAACACGCUAAAAGAUAUCAAGGACCCCGCCCGCGACCCUCAGUAUGCUGAAAGUGAAGUUGAUGAGAUGAGAAUUCAGAAGGAUCAGGAGCUUGAACAGUACAAAAGAAGUUCUUCCAAGUCCUGGAAACAAAUUGAGUUUGAUUCUUGAACCAAACUUGUGUGUUUAUUUCCUCUCUCCCCAGUACAAGGAAGAUUGCUGUAUGGUUAGCUGUUAGGGUAAUGUGUAGAGAAAGUUACGAUGAGCAGACUGUUCACAGAAAGGCUGAACUUCCUGUACUAGUGCAACACUCCGGCUAAUUCAGAAUGUCUAGAAAAGGCAGUAAUUGUGUAACAACAGGAUUAAAAAAGAGCAUCUUCACACUACCUCUAAUGUGCUUUAAAUGACGAGCACUCGGCUCGACGUGUCCAAGCUUCUGCUGAUCCGAAUAAGCAUGUGAAAACAAGAGCAUUUGCUAAUUGUUUUGUAUGUAGAGUUACGUGUGCACCUGUGGCUGUAGGUACACCUGAGCUGGGCUCACUUUCACAGGUGUCAUGAUUGAUAUUAUUCUCACACUGAAGUACACAGAGCACCUGGAAUCCUUAUGUAAAAUAUACAUUCCUGGGUCUCCACACGGAGAGAUUCUGAAUCCGAGGGUCUGGAAUAGGGCUCCGUGCUCUGCCUCUUUCGUCAGCACACCUGAUGAUUCUGACCUAGCGAAGUACCAUGGUCGGCAGGACAGGAGACUUUCUGUCAAGAAGCAGGCUCAAACUUCAAGGGAUGUCAUUUGCUCUGUGCACUUCCAUUUUACAUGUAAGAUAUGUUAGAGUGCUGGUUUUAAAUUUGACCAAAAUGAAAAAUAUACAACGGUUUAUUCUUGCCAGUUCUUGUGGGUGAUGGUCUUAAUAGAUGCCUGGGAAUUCCUGAUAGUGUGUUGUUAAUGUCGUACAGAAAGAAGUCCUGUAAUCUCAUGAGAACACCUCUACUGUGCUCUAGACCACCAUCUCACUGCUCAGUGAUAGUCAAGAUGCUGGACAGGGUUAUGUGUUUGUGAAGCUGAGUUAUAAUGGCAUGUAUCCUAACAGGGCUAUUUUGUAAGUAUAUGUAAAAUGCUCCUAUUAAUAUGAAAUGCGCUGUCAUAAGAGGAUUAUGAUUCAUCUUUGACAACUAUAUUCUUCAUCAGAAAUAUGUUGGUUAAUAACAGAAAUAGUCUUCAUCCUUAAAUGUGUUAGCAGACAGUGUAAAAUAUGAACAUAAAACUAAUUUCUAAAUUAAAAAUAAAUAAAUGUUUUGGGUUUGUU